AUGUCAGACGGAUGCGACUAUCUGGACAGUCCAGGUACUGAUACCACUAUCUACAGCAAUUUUGGAUCGGAGUACGAUUCAGAAAUUGACGUAAUUCCAGAGGAUGACAUUGCGGACACGACCUCCAUUUGUCACUUAUUCGAGAGCUGCCUAAGGAGAUAUGGUGUACUUUUGUUCACUCUGCAGACCGACACUUUACGCUCGGCACACCUGGUUACCAGUAUUGUCCCAGAAAUCAAGGACGAGUUCAGCCGACUACGUAUCUGGGGUGAACAGACAUACGCUGUUCUGCCGCAGAAUGCGAGGCGCUCGCUUGAUGAACAGCUUCGUGAAGAUGGGGACACCAAGAAAAUUGUCAUUAGGUGUUUGCAGCGUUUAAACACCCACAUUGAGAAAGCGACCGAAUACAUGAACAGGUAUUCUUCGCCGGCCAAUGCCACGGAAGACGAAGAAUACUCGUCCUUGUCUGACGAGAGUGAAGCAGCGCAAGAAGAUCUGGAAACCGCUUGGGAGAUUAGAUUUCGCAAGACCAUCGCACCCAUAUUCGAAGGAAUCCGCUCUCUUUAUCGCGUCUCUGUCCUUUUGAGACGUUAUAGAAACUCCAGCCGAUACCUCAGAUCAAGCACUUCGACAGCCGCCUCUCAAGAUGCUCUGAGGGCUACGAUGGACUAUGCUCACAUCUCAGAGAAGACACGCCAAUGGCGACAUAUGGCUAUGCGAUCAGAAUCCCAAACAAAGAAAGAGAACGUACAGCAAGACAUCGCAGACCUUGCAUUCUUCUGUGAGAGACUCGCCCGGGCAAACCUUUUCCGCCGUAAGCAAUUCGAAUAUUGGGUCGAUCACCCAGACGUACCAGAAACACAGACAACAGCCUUGAACGCUGUUGGUAAAGCACGUCAGCAGAAAGACAAGAUCAUGUCGGCUAUACCGACUUCUUUGUCGAUUGUCUCCAAAUCUGCUUUAGGGGACAACACUGAGAGAGAAGUGGACGGUGCUAGCAUAGAUGCAUGCCUGAUCUGCCUAGAGGAGAUGUCUCUAGAUCGGCUCUUCGAACACCUUGCCACGCACAUGGAAGAGAUUGCGUUGUUCGUUCUCCCCGUGGGCUCAGAUGGAGAUGAGGAUGAGCAGAUCAGACCAUCAUCAGUACAACCCGUCGUACGCUCUAUGGAGCAAUAUAAUCAGACGGAAGAAGUCUAUUCACGCCCAGAUGGAGAUGAGGAUGAGCAGAUUAGACCAUCAUCAGUACAAUCCGCCGUACGCUCUGUGAAGCAAUAUAACAAGACGCAAGAAGUAUAUCCCCGCCGACGGAUGAUGAUGGAGCCAGUCACUAUUUUCAUGCUCACAAACACUGUGACUUCUCUUUCGGCAAGCCUCACCACCCUGAUAAACAAUGCUAGAAACAACGACAGGAUGCUGGAGGGGUUAGGGGAGGAUUUGUCGUCAUUCAAGACCGUCAUCAAUCGCGUUGAAGGGACCCUGAAUGGCAGGGACAUCGGCAGGAUGAUAGACGAAGAGGACAACGAUAUCUUUGUUGUCGUCAACGACACCUUCAAGAACUGCCUCGCUUUUGUGAAUGAGCUUUCUACAUCUGUCGAAAAAUCUCGAAGCAAACGGACGAAUAUAGUGCGUUUGGUAAACACGAGGUACAGGGACAACGACAGGACUGGUCUACAACGAAGAAUUGUCGACAGUACAAGAAGAAUGCAGAUCGCACUCCAAAUCAUCACACUCCAAGCAACCUUCAAGAUUUCUGACCGAGUCGAGAAGUCUGCUUCCGAGAUUGCAAACUGUAUAAAAUCUCUGGAGAAGGGACUCUCGAACUUGAGGGCCGACCUGUCAUCUAACAACGAGGUGUCUCUAACAUCAUCAUCAUCAUCAUCAUACGCCACUUCUGCGUCGACUGCUCCGGCUCUUCCUAAAUCUACAGUCGCAUUGGAGGCUGCUGCCAGAGAUACUAUCAGCCAGGCUAUGCGCAGGAGAGAUGAUCAGAUGCUUAGGCAGUCUGGCGUCAUGGUACUGCGUAGCAGCUCGUCUAGACGUGGUCCUCGGUCAUCAGCUACUGCUGGAACAUCUACGAGAAGUCCUAUGGUUGAAGCUGUAGUCAUCGCUGUCUGCGGCAUGACAGGGUCGGGCAAGAGUAACUUCAUUUCCAAAUUGGCAGGCAAAGAUAUUGGCAUUGGACAUGGACUCGAGUCUAAGACUGAUCAAGUAUAUCAAUUUGAUAUCCCCUUCGAAGGCCGGCACGUGACCCUUGUUGAUACACCAGGAUUCGCCGACACGAGCAUAAGCGACACCGAUGUAUUAAAGAUGAUUGCCGGUUUCAUGGCAUCAUCCUAUCAGUUAGGUAUUCUGCUAUCCGGAAUCAUCUACCUCCAUGCCAUUACCCACACUCGCGUUAAGGGUCCUUCUUUGAGAAACAUCCAUAUGUUUUAA